AGACCAGGCUAGCCUCCAACUUGGAGACUGGCCUGCCUCUGUCCUGAGUGCUGAGUGACCUGUGCCACCACCGCUUGGCAAAUAUCCAUUUCUCUUUAUCUAACUUCCUAUUUUCCUUUGUCACGCUAAAACUGUAACUUUCUUUUUCUUUCCAACUUGACCUUAGCGUGAAUUAAUUGUACUCCACUGACAUUUUGCACACAUGCACUUUGACUGUGUGAGCCUGCUCCUUUCUGCUGCUCUCUACCCAUUCCGACUUCUGUCAUCCAGCUCCCUCCCAGCUCCCUUUCCUUUCAGUCCAGCCCCAAACUGCCCAGAUCCUGCAUUAUAUAACGAGAAUAACUUGGGAUGUUUGUCUUUGUUGGGCUAGGUUAUUACAUGUAAUACAGUAGCCUCAAAUUACCUCCAUUUUCAGAAAAUAGCAAACUUUCAUUCUUCAUGGGCACCGUGUGAUUGUGGCCCCUAAUAUUGUUUAUAUACUGUCAGUCUUUCAGCUGGGGCGUGUCGCUUCCCAUGCAUUCCUGGGUAAGCCUAUCUUGACACUCAACUGUGGCCUUUAACUCAGUGCCUUUCCCUCCUGACGGGUUCCUUAGCCAAGAGUUUCUGUGUUUUGCCCUUUGAAAUGGGGAUCCUGACUCUCUUGUCUUUCCAUUGCUUUUUCUAUCUGCCCUGAUCCUCCAGUCUUUCCAUCCACUGUGUUUGUUCUUGUGUUCUUGUUUUCCUGUGCCCAGGAAACAUAUCCUGACUUUUUCUUGAGGUGUCCUUGAUAGCUAAUCUUAGAAUUUAUAGUGAUGGUAAAAGUCACUAUAAAGGAUUUAAUUUUUCUUCUCGGUCACCUUUGCUUGCUGUUGCUACUGGUCACUUCCCCCAAGAGAAGCGAGGAAAAAUGACGAAGACAAGAAAGUUUACCACCAGUUCCUUCGAAGGGCACACCCUGGCCAAGGAUUACUAUGUCAUAGGCACCAUCGGUGAAGGAUCCUUGGGAAAAGUCAAAGUGGCUCUCCACCUUGUGACCCAGACCCUGGUCGCCAUCAAAAUAUUGAAAAAGGGCACAAGUACCGAACCCCUAAUCAGCUGUGAGAUUGAGCUCCUGAAAGCCUUACAGCAUCCUCACAUCAUACAGCUGCUGCAGGUCAUCGAGACCAAGCAGAAAACCUACCUGGUGAUGGAAUAUGCUGCCCGGGGACCCCUGCUGAAACAUGUCACUAAAUGCGGACAUCUGGAGGAGGAGGAGGCACGGACUCUAUUUAGGGAGCUGACUCUGGCCAUCAAAUAUAUCCACAGUCACAAUAUUGCCCACAGAGACAUCAAGCCUGAGAACAUCCUACUGGAUUGGGAGGGGCACAUCAAACUCAGUGACUUUGGUCUGGGAAAAAGAUUCGCCUCUGGGGAAAAGGUCAAGGGCUUCUGGGGCACGACUGAAUAUUGUGCCCCCGAGGUGUUCGGUCUCACAGAAUAUGAAGGGUUUCCCACUGACAUCUGGAGCCUUGGAGUGGUCCUCUACCUUCUAGUGACCGGAUACCUCCCAUUCCAAGACACGGAGCUAUCCACGAUAAAGGCACAGAUUCUAUCCCGAAACUGUUGGAUCCCACAUCACCUCUCCCCAGAGCUUCAAGACCUACUAAACCAAUUAAUGACAGUGGACCCCACACAGAGGCCACUCAUCGUGGAAGUCAUGGCACACCCGUGGCUGCGCCAUGAGAAAGACUCAUUGAUUUCCUUGGCAGAAAUCCCAAGAGAACCAGACCCGGAUGUUGCUCUCCAAAUGUUUUCAAUGGGGUACAAAAUUCAAGAGAUCAAAAAUGCCUUGAACCGAAAACAAUAUACUCGUGCCAUGGCAACCUAUUUAAUUCUUCAAAAGAAGCAGAGGCAGCACAAAAAUGACCAAAAUGGAGAACAGGAUAGUACAAUGGCACCAGAAAAAUCUCCCAACUUCCCUGUGCCUCUAAGGAGGAUGUUCAGUGUCCCUGCCCUUCCCACCUUCACUUUGCCUAUUCUCCCUGGGCUGUCUGGAGACAAGAGGAAAGGAUGCAGGGCACAUAGUGAUCCUCCUACCCUUUCCUCCCUAAAGAGGGCUCUCCCAGAGAAAAACUCCCCACAGCACGAACCUAUGUCUCACCUUAAAAUGGCAACAUUCAGAGACACUCAGUGGACCACGGAGUCCACAUCUUCAUUGGCAACAACAUCCUCAGUGUUUGUAUCCUCAGAAGUCUCAAGCUAUGAAAACAUCCAAGAUAUGAGCUAUGAUACCUCUAAGAUGAUAGACACGGAUACAAGCAUCUCCUUCCAGGAGUACACAUCCUGUGAGCAAGUCCAGGGAGGCAGUACAGACAACAAAUCCUUACAAGAUAGCAGCCCCUGCUCCAGGGGAACAGAAUCUCAGGAGCACCUCGGAGACCAGUGCCAGGGUGUACCGAAAGUCCCACAGAGACAGCAGGGCGGGAGGGACCUGAAGAAGAGGAUUUCCCAAGCCUUAUGCAGCCUGUGUUGCUGCCCCCAAAGUGAGAAAGAGAAAACACCCUGACAAGAUGGAAAUCAUGGCAGCCAAUGAGGAGGGUCACGGAGACAGAGAUACAGGCUAAACGUAGUGCUGUGGGAGACAAUGUGCUCCCUGGAGGCUGAUACCAGGGAGUGGAGAGCAGCGUGCUGAGGAUGCUUGCAGGGAGCUCCAUGCUGGGCAACGAUCCCAGAACAGUCAUGGCUCAGUGUGUUGCUCUGAGCAGGACUCAGAAACCCUGAGAAAUGAGAUCCAUGGAGUGCUGGCGAUUCUUGUGGAAACGGGGAAGAAACACCAGACUUCAGAGAACCUUCCAUGCACAGUGGGAAUGUCACCCAAGCCACCUAUCUCCAGGUGUAGGUGUACCUGUGAGCUGAGGUGACAGUGGCUCUGGAAGCAGAGGACCCAGAAGUCCUGACCUGGUGGGUGUGUCUAGGAGAUAAGCUGUUGAUCAGGUCAGAACGAACAACAGGAGACAGAGAAGCAACAGCGAGGGUCCAUCUGGAGUUCAGAAGAGUGGACAGAGUGGCAGGGACAGCUCAGCCCCAUGGUUCGGGUGCAGGCUUUAACAGCAUCCUGGUUACUGCACAGGAUUCUUCCCACAUCACCCCAGCUCUAAUGUCUGAUUGUGUGUGAUGCUCUGAAACGAGUCAUCUGAUCUCUACUCUUUAUAACUGGUCAGAAACACACACACACACACACACACACACACACACACUCCUCCUAACCUGCCUUGUGCACAGCUGAUGCUAGAGAAGUUUGCUUGAAAUGGACAGAAUUUGCAUUUCAAACAAGGUAACGUCAUAUUCCCUGUGACUUCCCCUGCUGUAAACACCUAGAUGCCCCUUCAAAUCAUCUUGCUCUUGUCUCCACCCCCACCUGAAGCAUUAAGCAUCCUGCUUGAGGGCUUCAUGGGAGCCACGUGAAGCCAGUAUGCUCCUUGUUCCCCACUUUGCCCCAGGACAUCCAGCUGCGUGCAAGGAGAGGCUGACCUACUGACUGUCCUUUGAGAAGACCCAAGGCUGGGAACGGCCAGGUGCUUCUGGUGCCAAUAUGUGAACAUCCAAAGUUUUCUGGGGAAACUGCAGACAACCACCAGGAACAUCACUCAACGUGGAACAAGCCUCGUCUGCAGGGAUCUGGGAAAGGACCUCCUUUCUGAGCACAGACACCCUGAGUGGAAGAGAGGCUCACAGGUGAUGUUCCCUGGCUCAGGCCAUCAGGAAGUGACGGUCACAACUGAACUCUGUGAGUUUUACCAAACUCUUCCUUACUCCUGUCUCCUUGAUGGACAAAGUUCCUUCUGAUGGACAGAGAAGGAAGGCCAGAGCCAGACUCACAAGUGGAUGGGCUGAGGAGAACAAGAAGAACGUGUUCUGAUCUCGGGAGCACCCAGCACCUUACCCAGACCCCUUGUGUCUGAGGCAGUUUGGAUAACUUCCUCACUGAGAGCAAUUCCUCUCUGUCUUGGCAGGAGCCAAGGGAGGGGAAGGUGCUUCUUGAGUCCCCUCCACCUGCCACCUCUAUUGCUGUGUGCAUGGAUCAUGGAGAGUCAGCUGGUCUUACUGUCCCUGUGGUCACCUAGGCACAGACACCACUUCCCCAGUAAGAAGACUCAGAAAGACCGCCAGCUGUGAGGGCCAGACAUACAGAACACUGAGAGUCACUUUGGAGGCUCUCUCUGUUUGCACGACUACAACAGUGACAUCAACCAAUACCUGCAGAACUGAACCAUUGCCGAAACACCCAGAGAGGGAAAGUCGUGUGACUGCUGACUUUGUGCAUUGCGUGUCUGGGUGAAGAUCAGCCAGGCAGGAUGGGCACAGAGAGCUGGGCACCACACGGUGCCUACAGAAGUGUGCCCAAGAGUGACACACACAGGAACCUGGACAAAAUAUCUGGAUUGCAAUACAAAGAUUAUUUUCUUUUCAAAAUAAAUCUUAUUGUAUAUUUAA